AAAGUGCAAUAUGGCUUUACCAGGAAGGGAAUACGAGUAAAUCUCCUGUGGUGAGUGACUAGUGCUGUUAAUAUUCCAUUAAAGUCAACGUUUCUCUGCUACGAUUAAAUGCAUAGACUAAUACACUAAGAAUCGAUUGAAAUGGGCGUUUUAUGAAUUCAUCAACACGACCCAGAAGACAGCAGGAUCUACUCAUAUACAAUGAGACUGAAGCUGGAGCUGUCUUGAUGUGCUGCUGUCACUGAACUCCCAAGUCCUCAAGAAUGCAGCCUGCUUGCCAGUAUGGUACGUCUGAGGUCCAGCUGAAAGUGGACUUUUUCCGUAAGCUGGGCUACUCAUCAAAAGAGGUGCAGACAGCCCUGCUGAAACUAGGCUUGGACACUGACACGAAUACUGUACUGGGGGAACUGGUGCGCUCUGGAGCCAGAGAGUCACCCACAGUGAAUCAGGAGAGUGAUGAUGGAAUCUCUGGAUUUAGCUACAGAGGGGGUGGUGGAUCCAUCAGUAAAGACCUCCACAGGGACAUUCAGCGCUCACCAGCAGUAGAUGAAACUGACAGUGACUUAAAACCCAUUGUGAUUGAUGGAAGCAAUGUGGCUAUGGGUCAUGGAAACAAGGAAGUUUUUUCAUGUCGUGGAAUUGAGCUGGCAGUGAACUACUUCCUUGAGAGAGGACACAGAAACAUCACAGUUUUUGUGCCCUCAUGGCGAAAAGAGCAGCCAAGGCCAGAUGUCCCAAUUUCAGAUCAGCACAUUCUAGCAGAGCUGGAAAGGAGAAAGAUUGUUGUAUUCACGCCCUCCCGGCGGGUGGGAGGUAAGCGGGUGGUCUGCUAUGAUGAUCGCUUCAUCGUCAAACUUGCUUAUGAACUGGAUGGCAUUAUUGUGUCCAACGACACAUACCGUGACCUUCAGUGUGAACGACCUGAAUGGAAGCGCUGCAUUGAGGAGGGGCUUCUCAUGUACUCCUUUGUCAAUGACAAGUUCAUGCCACCAGAUGACCCUCUUGGUCGCCAUGGUCCAAGCUUGGAUAAUUUCCUCAGAAAGAAACCUCUGCUACCAGACACCAAGCGCCAGCUUUGUCCAUAUGGAAAAAAAUGCACAUACGGAAUCAAAUGCAAGUUUUAUCACCCAGAGCGAACUAGCCAGUCGCAGCGUUCUCUUGCAGAUGAACUGAGGGACAAUGCCCGUCUGUCCAGUUCUGCCCGAUGCUGUUCAGAGGAAAGUCAAAGAUCAGGAGCAUCCCUCAAAAGGCCCUGCCACAAUGAGUCUGGCUUCAGUUCAUACGUUCCCUCUUUAGAGCAAGAGCUGGAGUACAAGCUAACCCUGGAAUCUGCUGUUUGUGUACCCAGACACCAACUCAGUGAAAGCAUGCAGCACUACAGGAAUGAUGUUCCUACCAAGUACCAGGCCUCCACCCCAGCUAGCCACACUCCUCUAAACUGGCAUAGCCUGUACUCCGCAUACCUCAAUAAUCCUCCAUCUAGCUCAGAUUCUGGCCUUGGCUCCUACGAAAGCCAGCUUUCAGACACAUCUCAAGGAUGUGAUGAUUCAUACAGGAUUAGCUCUAGGGAUAAUAAUAGGUUUUAUGAGAAAAAAGAUGCAUCUCUUGCUUGCAUUUGCUCUUCAGAGUCAGUUGCCCAACCAAGCAUCCAUCAGUACCCUCUUGCCCAGCAUCCACCCAACUGCUUUGAUUAUGGUGCACUCCAGUUCCAUAGGCCAUCUAGCAAUCAACAUUACAGCCUUCCCAGUUACUUACAGCCUAAUGGGCUUCAUCGCAGCCAACCAAAACCGUGUUCUGACACAGUGUGGCUCCGGCAGACUCAGACAGGUUUUAGUUUACCCAUACCUCUCCAUGCUGUUGGACCCCACAGGCACGCUGAUGUUUAUGGGAGCAGCCAAGGAGCGCUCAGUCCCAACACUGUUCCAUUUGAGGCAGAGCGAGAAGAGACAAGGAAGAAACUCCAUGCAAUUUUUAAUCCUCAUCAUGUGGAUAAGGUUAUGGGAAUGUUCCCGAAGCUAAAAGAUGCCCAACAACUUGCAGCAGAGAUUCUCAAGCUCAAGUCCAAAGGACAGUUGUCCUAAUUGUUCUAUGCUCUCUGGUGAUAAAGAGAUGCUUUAAUUAGAGCAGAGCAUAUUUUUUUUCUUAUAUGAAAUUGAGCUCAAGACUAAAUGUUGAAUAAUUCUGAAUCUGAGAAACUGUAUUAUUGCUAUCUUUCUUAACAAUGUUUUUCAUUUUUUUUCUUUGAAUGUUUUGGCUUUUGCCAGAAGUCUUAAGGUUAAUGAUACCUGAAUGUCACCUCACAUAGUAAAUGUGAUGACUGUAUGACAUGAAAGUCAAGUUAUAUCUCACUACAGCAUUUAUAUCAUGCUGUAUUGUUAAAAUGUAUUGAUAAGUCAUGCUUGUAUUGUUAAAUGUUUGUUGUUGAUGCACAUUGCAUCCUUGAUUAUUUUGAAUUUGGUAUGUAAAGAUGUAUUAUUGUGACCCACAGAUGUUUUAACAUUGCUCACUGUGUCUUAAAUGACUUUCAGAAAUAUAAUAUUUCAAUAACUGCCUUCAGCCAAAGUUUUUUUUUUUUUAAUAAUUGAUUUUUUUAUUUCAAUUGUAUCACUAGUAGGUCAUUCUAUAAACAGGGUAAACAAUUAUCCUUUAACCAGGGUAAACAAAUACUUUAGUAAGUUAGUAAAUGUAGUACAUUUAAUUUGCUUAAGUAUUAUUUCAUUGUUCAUAUUGAUUCUUAUAUUACAUUUAGUUAACAUUAAUUUUGCAGUGCCACAGGGCAUUACAUUUGACACUCUGCACUUUUAAUUGAGUUUCUAUCAACAGACUUCCAUAAAUGAAAAUCAUACAGGAACACAGUGGAAUAAAUUUGCACAUUCUAAUAUCUUUGGUCUCACAUAGAUUCAGUCGCACUGUACUGUUUCCUAAGCGUUCUGCUGUCUGCGCCAUAGAAUUAUUGGAUGAUUAACACCCUGCAUAAAAAUGAGCAAAAUGAUUGGAUAAACUAAGCAUUACACACAGUAAUUCAACGUUUUCAUUCAUCAGGAUAAACUAUCCAAUUUCUGAGCAGACUAACUAAACUGAUAAUCUAUUACUUAAGCAAUAUUUUUUUUUUUGCAAAAUAUACUUAUGUACCAUCACUAUUGAUAGCUUUUUUAAUGUUUUGUUUGAUCUCAGUCCCCAAUUACACUCUCAAUUACAAUGGGUGAACGUUCAACACAAAAUUGACAGAUAGUUGUUGCCUGAACUCAGAUUUAUUUUCAAGACCAUGACAUGACCAACACCACACAUGGCUGAGUCUAUGACAAGACUGAGACGAGACACUCAGGUGUGUGCUGGUUGUAGUAUUUCCCUAACCUGAUGUGAAAUUGCUCUCACCAAAAUAUCCCAUCUACUUUGGUAUUAACAUUUUGUACAAAUAAGCACACAGGACAUACAUAAUACAUCUUACAAAUAUAGUCUCUUGAAAUUGGUGCUAUGUAACUCUAUAUGAAGAGAUAUACAUUUGCAAAAUGUACUGUAACAGGUACAUUAAAAAGUACAUGUUCAUGAAGAUGACGUUAGGCUUGUGGGUGUUGGUGGGAAAAUAUUUUAAGUCUUCAUAGGCCGAGACCAAGACAAGACUGAGACUACCGAUUUGUGCUCUUAAGACCAACACCAGUCUUGUGUAAUACAACAAUAAUUUCCAUGUGCUUAAAAAGCCAUUACCAUAAGAAAAUGUUUGAGACAGUUAAAAAUUUGCCCAGAAUUAGACCCAUGGGUACAAUGACAUACUGAGAAGGACUGUGAAAGAUGAAAAAAAAGAGCUCAAAGACAGGAGUUUCUUAAAGCAUGUCUCAUAAAAUGCAGUAACUAAACUUCACCAAGCUUCAUUAAGACUAAAAUGCACAUUAUAUAUACUGUCUAUUGUGAUGGGAAAAAAAAAAAACUCAAAAACUUGUGGUUAUUACCACUAGCAGGUUGACAAAGCAAGACUGUAUAUACAGAAAACCACUUGAUGCAUCAUUGGGGAUGUUUUGUGGCUGGUGGUUCAGGGGCUCUUGUGAGAACAUUAUAAAUUAUGUUUGUAAGUAACAGAAUAUUUCACCACAAAACCUGCUUGCCUCUGCCAGGAGGAUCAGACAGCAAUAAAUAGCUUUUCAAUACAUUAAUAAGCCAAACAUUCUCCCAGAUCAACACAGUGUUAAACACAGAAAGUGUUUUGCAGUGAUUAUUUCAUUCAAUUUGAACCCUACUGAGAACCCCAGCACAAUAUUAAUAUAAGAACAUAGGGAUA